AUGGCUCAAUCAUACUCUCCUCAACAAUCAGCCGGCUGGAGCAGCUCCUCUUUCCAACUCCCCGUCCACUCCGAAACCCCACCACCUCCUCCCCCAAAGCCGGAUAGCCACGAAGCAAGCCGACGCGGGACUCCCUUGGCUGGGGGCCUACCAACUCCGCCUAAUCAGUCUCAGGGAUUCCAGAGUCCAAGAAAUGAAUAUAAUAAUCCUGCGAUGAAUCAUGCUGCGCAGGGAUAUGGAGCAGAACAACCGCAGGCGCUUGCAGAACCUCCGCGUUUGGAAGAUGAUUGGCUACCGGACAUAGUCAAGAAUAAGACAACACCGGAACUCCAAUCAAUUUUAUCCAACCCCACCCUCCUCUCCGCGCUUUCUACCUUGCAUCCAUCCUACCCAGCCUCUCAACAAGUCCUCCAAUCGCAUCUAGACUCGAACAAAGCCUUAGCCCAGCACGUCCUCGAGCUUGAAUCACGCGUCGCAAACCUGCGCGCAACAACCGAGUCCCUCCUCCUUAACCACCAAUCCCUCGAAGUAUCGUGGCGCAAGAAGCAAGCCGAAAUGGAUGCUGCACUGGAACCUUGGUCCCCGAAAGCGUUGUAUCAGCGUCUUGCUGCUGCAGUUGCGGAACAAGAAGCUAUAUGUCAUGCGGUUGAAGAGAGCUUUUUGGAGGGCGAUCAUCAUUCGGGUCGUGCUACGGAUAAGGAGGUUACGGAUUGGGUGAGAAGGAUUAGGACCGAGGGUGCGAAAUUGGAAUCUAGGAAGGAGGCUAGAGCACGUUGGGAUGAGGGUAGAGUUGGUGGAUGGCGUUGA